AUGAACUUUGUUACAUUCAACCAGGAUCACAGCCACCUGGGCGUUGGCACCACAAAUGGGUACCGCAUAUACACGACGGACCCGUUUAACAAGCAGUCCGAGUCGCGCGAAGGAGAUGUUUCCAGCCUUGAGAUGCUCUUCUCGACGUCGCUAGUUGCGCUCACAUUGUCGCCCCGAGUGCUACGGAUACAAAACACAAAGAGACACUCCACGAUAUGCGAAAUGACCUUUAGGACGGCUAUCCUCGCUAUGCGCAUGAACAGGAAGCGCCUAAUUGUCGUCCUGGAAUCAGAGCUCUACAUCUACGACAUAAGCAACAUGCAGAUGCUCAAGACCGAGAAGACGUCGCCGAACCCCAACGCCAUAUGCGCCCUCUCUGCGUCGUCAGAAAACAACUACCUUGUGUUCCCACUGCCCACCAAAGCCGCACCUGCCACCUUCCAACCACCCUCACAUGCGCCACCCAAGACUGAUCACAUCGCGCCUACAAGUGGAGAGGUAUUGAUAUAUGAUGCGACCAAGAUGGAAGCAGUCAAUGUCAUAGAAGCGCACAACUCUCCGCUGUCGUGCAUCGCGCUCAACAGCGAUGGUACCCUGCUCGCGACAGCAUCGGAAAAGGGCACUAUUAUUCGCGUUUUCUCGAUUCCAGAUGCGCAGAAACUAUACCAGUUCAGAAGAGGCUCCAUACCAGCGAGGAUAUACAGCAUGUCAUUCAACUCGGCCUCAACACUAUUGAGCGUCUCCUCGGCAACGGAGACGGUGCAUAUCUUCCGUCUGGGUGCGCCCAAUAGCAGGAGUAAUAGCGUGUCUUCGGGACCUACGCGACCGGGGGGUUCUGCCCAUCAGCGAAAUAGUAGUCUAGCAAGCGAAGAGGCGUCUGAUGAAUUCGGUGCUAGUACAGCAGACAUGGCGCCUCCAGAACGGAAAGCACUCAACCCCACUUUUGGAAGCUUGAUACGCCGCACAUCCCAAACGGUCGGAAAGUCAUUCGCUGCUACUGUGGGAGGAUACCUGCCCAACGCAGUAGCGGAGAUUUGGGAACCGUCGCGCGACUUUGCCUGGGUCAAGAUACCGCGUUCACCCAACAGCUCGUCGUCGGGCCCCGUAAGGAAUGUGGUUGCACUCAACAACAAUGGGCCUCAGAUCAUGGUUGUCACUAGCGAAGGCAACUACUACGUCUUCAACGUCGACCUCGAAAAGGGAGGCGAGGGCACUCUGUACAAGCAAUACUCUCUUCUCGAACCGAACGAGCUUGCAGCAAGCAACUCUCAAGACCUACCGGAAUAG